AUGGCACGAUUCGACCCCCAACACGUCUCUCUUCUCAACAUUGGCGACUCAGUUGUCGUCCUCACCGACGGGGGGGGAGCAAGUGGAAUUGGCGCAGCUCUUGUACGUUCACUAUUUGCGCAAGAUUGUGUCGUGAUUUUCGGCGAUCUUGACGAGGAAAAUGCCAAAUCAGUGAUCGCCGAGACUUCUCCUCUCCGUGUCAGGUUUGUCCGCUCCGAUGCGCGCUCCAACAUCGACAAUUUAAGUCUUUUCGAAGUUGCAUGGGAAGCCUACAGUCGGGUGGACCACGCUAUCGCUAAUGCUGGAGUGGUUAAGCAGGGUGGCUGGUUCGAUCGUGCCUGCGUUGACGAAAUCAUGGCAAUGAAAAUGCCACCUCCGACAUUGACGUUGGAUGUAAACCUGACAGGCAUGGUCUAUUUCGCGCACAUCGCUUGUACAUUCCUCGCUGAAGGGAACAUAGGCCCGAACGGUAUGAUUUUACGCGACAAAAGACUGCCGCUUUUGAGCAGUCUUACAGGGUGGAAGGAGACUCCCAGGCGGUUUCUGUAUCAAGCAUCAAAGCACGGUAUACUCGGGCUUCUCAGAGCGAUGAGUUUGUGCAUUCCUAAUUUUUAUAAGGAUGUAAGAGUGAACAUUAUAAGCCCGGCAAUGGCGGAGACGAGGAUGGUAACCAAGUGGAGGGAUACUUAUCUGAGGAAUGGGUCGCCUCCAGAUCAGCCCGAGGAUGUGGCAAGGGCCAUUGUGGGAGUGUGUCGAGCAAGACCUGGAACUCAGGCUGUCUGGUAUGAUGAGUUGGCGGCCCCAGGAGUAAAGUGCAGCCCAAGCGUGGGAGGAAUGGACUGGGACUAUACUAUGAAGAGAGGUGUGACUGGAAGGAACAUGUUUGUGCAAGCUGGAAAGUGCUACGACAUUGAAGAGGGUCUAGAACAGACCGAGAACCUUUGGCUUGGAAACGAGGCCAGCGAUAUAGUCUAG